CCAUUAGAAUACACAAAAACUGUAUAUGAGUACUCACAAAAGACUCAAUAUGACACAGUAAGUACUCGAUCGUCGUACUCAGAUACUCAGAUUCUAGCACUAGUACUACUGAUGAGUACUCAAAACCCAUGAGUACUCAUGAGUACUCGCGGCAUUUUCUAGCGUGAGUACUUUUUGAGUACUCUCUUGACGAGUACCUUCACUAGGGAAAUAAGAGAAUUCGAUUUUUACAUAUUUCAAUGAUAAUUAUAUUGUGCUGUAUGUGCUAUGUUUACCAUAGCGUUUUGUUCUUUACAUUUGUCAACAAUUUGAGAAUAUAAACUAAAAUAAUUUAAAAGAAAUAACAGAUUUAUCUGAAUUGAUUUUUUUUAAUAAAUAAAAUACAUUCCUAACAUACAAUAUAAAAUUUAAGAAAAAACAAUAUUUGUCUUUUAUUUCAAAAUUCUAAUCACACAAUUGAAACAUUAUUGUCCAUUCGUUCAUAUUACGAUCGAGAAUCGAUCGUUUAACUAAUUAGAAGAAAGAUAAUUUCAAAAAGAUUUUAUAUAAGAAAAGGACAAGUGAAAGAGAAAAAAAUGAAUAAAAUAAUCUUACUGCAGUAUUUGUUUCAAUUGCUACAUGCAAUUUUUUUGAUCAGAUCAUUUCAAACUGAAAAGAAAAGAAAAGAAAGAUAAUUGAUGAAAUAAGAAAAACAAAAAAUUGUACGUUGCUCUUGAAAUGUAUCAUAACUUUGUUUAAUGUGAAUUUGAUCACUUAAUUUUCAAUUGAAUAUUUUAAUUCUUUUAAUUAGAUAAAAAUUAUUUUAAAAUGCAGUCAACAAUAUAAGAUUAACCUUGUUUGCAAUUCAUUUGUAUAUGAAUUGAGUCAUUUAAACAUACUGUCGACAAAUUUAUCUUUACGGAAGUAAUAUUGGUAAAUUAUUGAUGAAUGAAACAAAAGAUUUAAAUGAACAAAAGCAAAUAGAUGAGUUAGUGAUUAAAUUGAUCAUUGGUGAGUCAAUAGUCAAUGAUCACAUUUGCAUGAAUCAUUAAAUCAAUGUCCAAUGAAAGAUCCAGUGAUGCACUUAAGAUGAAACUCAUUUCGAAAAGCUCAUAUUUGCAGCAUAUCAAAUAUAAUCGUGAAAGUUAACUAAAAUCAAGGAGUUGAUAUAGCGACAUCUUCCCUUUAUAUUUGUUUUCAAGGAAAAUUGAUUGUACUGUUAUGAAAUUCCGACUGCAGUAUAGGGCCAUGAUUUACAUGAAACUCAUCUUUCAGAAACAUAAGAGAUAUAGGUAGUGAAUACGCCUUCUGUUUUCAUAUAUUUUUGUCACAAUUUUUUUCUGCCUUUUCCAUCCGAACUAGCCCAUGCCGCCUUUUUUCAUGCUAAACCGCCGGUAACCGGUGGUCGCAAUAAAACCACCGGUUAACUGCGGUUAACUGCUGGUUUCGAGCAGUUGAUUUUAAUAAGUGGAACAAAGUAACAGUCAAAACUUUCAUGUGGAAAAAAUAAUGAAUAAUUAUUAAAAUCAUUUAAAUUGCUUUUUCUUAAUGCGUUUCAUGAAGCUUUUAGUAUAAAAAUAUAUACCUAUUAAAUAUGAUAAAACGAGGUCACUUUUCUUUUUCCUAUUGGAUUACUUGAUUAUUUUGAAACUAUGGAAAACUUGUUCUUUACAUACGCUAUAAUAACAGUAAUUAGAUCACAAGAUAUAAUAUGCAUAUUUAUUAUUUCACUAGAUAUCGUGUUGCAUAUUUUUAGUACAGUCAUAAUUAACUAAAUGACUUUCCUUUAUGUGCUACGUUCUUAGCAGAAAUAAAUAUUGCCUUUAUUCGUCUUUUUUUUGUUUAGAAGAGAUCUCUAGAAUUUUGUUGCAAUUAUAGAUAUUCGCAUUUUCUAUAUGUACCAAAAAUAUUUUUAUUGUCGUCGUGUCAUAGAAAAGCGCAAGCGACGCUUGCGAAGAUUAGAAAAAAGUGUUAAUUAUUCUGAUAUUUCAAGUUCUAGUGGAAACGAAAACGAUCGUCAUAUGGAAGAUACACAACAUCGAAGAUCAACAAUUAAUAAUAGCUCGUCGGUACUUGAUGAGGAUGCGUGUAGUUAUGAAAAGUAUCACGGUGGUGAACAUGACAACACAACAAAAGCUAUUGAUAUUGAAGAUGAUUUUCUUGACCGAUUACCACCACUAUAA